UCCACUCGGUUUUGUUCUUCACCAAAGGAAUCCCCUGCUCUAUCUGAAUAUAUAUAAAGGAAACCACCAUUUUGAUCCAUUUCCAUUUUAACAAAUUAUCGCCAUAUUUUGCUCUUCUUCCUCUUACCGCUCCGAAUCUUAAAGCGCGCACCGACGGCGCACGAUAUGGAAGCUCCGUCGUUUGUCUCCAGAGCAAGAAUCGCUCUCCACUCCGCAGCUGCCAAAGCCGAGAGAGUUCUCACUGAUUUGAAAUCCGAUCUAGAUUGUGAAUUAUCAUAUCCGAAUGAAUUCAAAAAUGAAUCUCCGACGAGAGAAGACGAGUCUAAGCAGAGUAUUCAUGAGAUAAAGCAUUCCAAGUGGAUGCCUGCAAAUCUGGGAACCAAGCAAGAAUGGCAGGAAAGAUUUAAGAACAUACGACUAGGGAGAAAAGGAGUUGAAGAUUCAGAGAAAGUUGAAAAUUCAACAACAACUGUUGCAUUCUAUGAUGAAAACUUGUACUUUCUAAAAGUAAAGAACGAUACCGAAUCAAAGGCUUUAGAAGCAAUUCCCUCUGUAGACAUUAUAAAUACCAUGAACGCCAUUAACAUUCCUCCAACAUCUGUUAUCAAGCAAUUAGCUUUAGCCAUUGAGGCUGGAAGUAAUUUUAAAUCUAUGAAAGAUCUUUUGGCAUCUUCUGGAAAUUCUUCACCCGUGAAGGAAAGGACAGGCCUGAGCUUCUCUGCAGUGAAGUCUUUAGUUCUUCGAGACAAAGAGGAUAAACUUGCAUCCGACUUUGGUGAUGACGCGAGGGUGCUUGCUUUGAUUCAUUCACUGUUUGAUACAGAUGGGGACAUCCUCCAAAGGGAUCUUGUUUCUGAUUCAAACACAUCUACAACAAUGAUAUCUUUGCCAAAAGACAUUCAUGCUGCUCCUCCACAUAGCUUCGUUGUUAAGCUUUCUGAAGUCAUUGGAAGCUUUAGUACCCUUCGUAAAAUGGCUCUCUUUUGGUGCAGGGUUGUUACUGAAUUAAGAAGAUUUUGGUUUGAAGGUAGACAUCUGCCAGGCAUUCCUGUAGAUGAGACUCCUGAUCUAAAUUCAUGUCUUCUAUAUCAACAAAUACAAGUUAUUAAUUGUUGUAUAUCAAGAAAAAGACGGCAUAGCAUUGCCACUGAAUCAUUUGAUUCUGGAAUGGAGGAAACUAGUUCAAAUGUUGAAGAACCAGAUGAUGCUAUAGGCAAAGUGGUUGCAACCUCUGCAUUAUAUGCACGAAUUAGUACUGGAGAACUUGUCCUUCGACAGGGAGCAAAUCAACUGGCUGAAAAUAUGACCAUGUUAGAAACUGGUGAACCUAUAUACUCACCUAUUACUCAGGAAGGACCAUUGCUUACAGAGGACCUUAUCAAGGAAACAGAGGAGUUAGUGCUUCGUACAGGGAGUGUUGGUGCUGGGUGUUCUCAACUCCUCUCAGACAUGCAGGCUUUCAAGGCUGCAAAUCCUGGCUGUAUUUUAGAAGAUUUUGUUAGAUGGAUCUCUCCUCCUGAUUGGACUGAAGCUGAGCCGAACCAUGAGGUUAACUAUUCGGUUACAAGAGGUCAACUAAGUUGCCGAAUGAAAAAAGAAGGUAAUUUGUGGCAUGAACUAUGGGAUACAGCCAAGCCGAUACCAGCCAUUAAACAAACACCUCUCUUCGAUGAGGAUUUGGCUGUGGAAGGAAUUCUGAAUUUCUUAGAGGACAUCCCCACUUCUGACCUCUUUCAACAACUGUUUGUUUCUUUACUUUCUUUGGGAUUUACAUUAGCCGAGGAAAAGCUUUCGGGUAAUGAAAAUUUGUCAAAGCUGUUCUACGAGUGCAAAGACUACGUUGUUGCGACUUGCCAGAAAAGUUUCUGGAAUGACAAAAUGGAUGAUCUUUGCCAGGUGUAUGAAACAGUGGAAAAGAUGGUUUUGACUCCGGAAGAAGUCAUAAAGACAAUAAAGCAGGCAGAGGAAACGCCCGCAAUUGAAAACGGAAAUGGUUCUAGUGAACUAAAACGUCGGUUUAAGAGGCUCAGUCUCAACUUCGGCGGCAAGGACAAGCAGCAGCAGAGAAAAUCUCCUCCGAAAGACCGGAAGGACUCCGUCGACAAUCCUUCUCGAUCAUUUGCUAGCUUUUUUGAUAGCAAGUCAUCUUUAUUUUCAAAGAUAUCCCCUAAAAAUCUCCCACCUCCAUCCUUAGAUGGAAGUGACUGGACAUUGGUUUGAUGACUUGAUCUUACCAUUCUUUGCCACCGCCCCUCCGCAUUCGCCGAUUGGUUUACGCAGAGCAUAGUUUUGCAGGUAAUUGUAAAUUAUUUUUAAAUGAGCAAAUGGCAUUAAAGUUGCUUCUUUUUUCUGGUAA